CAAUUACAAUUAUUAAAGAAUCUUGACUCAAACAACACUUCUACGGUUUACUGGAAACAAGGAGGCCGUAAUAAUACCUUCAUCAGCGGCAGAUGACGCCGAACCUGGAAAUAAAGAAAGAGACUUCGGUUGUAGAUCUUGAGAAGGCUGCUGUUCAUGAUGAUUAUAAAGAUGAAAUUGCUCCUAAUCCUGUGGCUGUGGACCCUCGUCCUGGAUUAGAUUUUGAGCAAUUAAGGUAUGAAGCCCAGCAUCGGUGGCUGAGGCCUUCUGAAAUCUGUGAAAUUCUCCGAAAUUAUCGUAUGUUUGCAAUCACUUCAGAGCCUCCGAACAGGCCCCCAAGUGGUUCGCUCUUUCUUUUUGAUCGGAGGGUGUUGAUAAUCUUUAGAAGGGAUGGGCAUAAUUGGAGGAAGAAAAGCGAUGGGAAGACUGUGAAGGAAGCUCAUGAAAGGGUGAAGGUGGGAAGUACUGACGAUGAAUUGUAUUGCUACUAUGCCCAUGGGGAAGAAAAUGAAAAAUUUCAGAGGCGAAGCUGUUGGAUGCUUGAAAAGGACAUUAUGAGCAUAGUUUUGGUCCAAUACUUGGAAGUAAAGGGUAUCAAACAAAAGCUCAGAUCUCCAUCUCCAUCAAGAGGUACAUAUGCCAUGAGCUCAACGAGUACUUUGUCUUCCUUACAUGAUGUUGAUUCAGAAGAUUCCUAGAACAGAUUACACCCCACUAGUUCAGCGAGAUUAAAUCCAGAGGAAGCGGUGGUUUGUCUCUCGUACGUUGAGAAACGGUGCACGCCAUGGCAUCCUGGGACGGUGUCUUGUGCCAAUGUACUGCUAAAUACCUAAAUCACAUCCCAUCCUGAUCUGUUAUGGAGGAGGCAGGAUAUCUCAGUCCUUAUCCUUCCUUCCUUCCAUCCUUCUUGCACAUCACGUCUUCAUAAUCAAUCAAGUGCCUGUUUCGAUAGGCAGUAUAAUCAAUUCUACCCGCCAAAACACCUCAAUUUUUUUUUAAAAUAAUUGAUUUUCCU